GGCUCCGCACCAUUACCUAAUGCUUUGAUACUCCGACAAAUAUAUAUGUGUGGGUUGCCAUUUUUGUUACGGGUUUUUUUUCUAUCUUUUGGGAGAAAUUCUCUUAAUAUGCCUUCUUCUAUCGCCUAUUAUCCACUACCCAACCUGAUGGAUACUAAACGAACCUCUUCUUCACGCUGCCAAUCCGUUCAUAAGCAUUUUGGCGAUAAACGUAUUGUCCUGUGUCAAAAUCUCCCGUCGUCCGGUUACCAAGCAACGUAUAAUCUUUUCUUCUCUAAAUACCCCUACUGGCGUGAUCGCAUCGUGGUCGUCCACAUCAAUAAUGAUGCCUCCGUCGAGGUGGAAUCCAGUGAUAGUAUCUACCACUAUCAGCAGCAAAAAAUGGAUAAAGAAGACUACGAAAACAUGUUGGCCGCCGCCGAUAUUGGAGUGAUCUUUGGAAACGAUGCAGAGAUGAUCCGCGCAUUUGUUACCUAUCAUCGUGAUCACCAUGCACCCCUGAUAUUAUCAGCGAAUGUCGCCUCGCCCCUGGCGGCAGCGAAAGAGCACGCGAUCAUGGUUGAUGAGUCAGAUAAAGAAGCCGUAGCAGACGCUCUGGAUGUCGCUUUACAAAUGUCGGCGCAAGAAGCCAAACAACGUUACGAGGGUCUCUAUCGUUCGGUCACACAACAAUACACAGAUGAUUUGAUACCACAUCACGCUCAACCCCUCAAUACAACAACAUUGAUGCUCGCCUAUAAAUCGGCUAACAAGCGACUGUUCCUUUUUGAUUAUGAUGGUACAUUGACUCCUAUCGUUCGAAAUCCUGCCGAUGCAUGUCCUACGCCUACGCUUUUGAACUACCUUAAACAUUUGUGCACGGAUCAGGCCAAUUCGGUGUGGAUCAUUUCUGGUCGUGAUCAAGUGUUUUUGAACACAUAUCUGGGCAACAUUCAACGACUGAACCUCAGCGCAGAGCAUGGUUCGUUUAUGAAAAUCGCUGGCGAACAAGACUGGAUCGAUAUGCUGAAAGAUGCCGACAUGCAGUGGAAAGACGUCGCUCUGGAAAUUUUUGAAAAAUACACAGCCAAGUUACCCGGCACUAAUAUUGAAAAGAAAAAAUCGUCCAUUACCUGGCAUUACCGAAACGCUGUGGAUAGUGAUGAAGCAUACCGACAAUCGAAAUUAUGUCAUAAAGAGUUAAUGCAAAUCCCGGGCGUCGAUAUCCUUGUCGGUAAAAUGAAUUUGGAAGUACGAUCACAUUUGGUGAACAAAGGCGAAGUCGUUAAACGGAUCAAGACGGACACACCAGAGGUCGAUUUCAUCAUGUGCGCUGGAGACGAUCAAACCGACGAAGACAUGUUCCGUGCUCUUCUAGAUGACAAGAAAGCGUUCACCGUAUCUAUUGGUCCUUCUUCCAAACCCACCUUGGCAGGAUGGUGUGUUGAAAGUAGUGAACAAGUCGUAGAUUUACUUGGUCAAUUAUCGGAAUAAGAUCAAAUGCAUGUACAGUUGUAUCAUAAUAGAAGUUGGUGCCCCUUGUUUUUAUUUAAAUAAUUCACAACAAAUGCGCAUGUAAAAAGAAAAGGUUUAAACGUAAAGAAAGAAGGAGU